UUCCCGCUACUCAUUUCCAUAAAAUAAUUCACAAAUUGGUGCCAAAACUCGAUAGUUGGCAAUGAGCGAACCGCUCUCGGGUCCCUGGCUGCGUUUUGCUUACAAUGGCCUGUUGCUGGCCUCGGCUGUGUGUUCCGGCCGUAGAAUGCAGCCGGAGGAGCACCCCUUCGCCAUGGCCGCUUGUGUGGUGGUCGGAUUCUCGGCGGUUUUCGGACUGCUGCGGGCAAUCUUCGCCAGCGGACAGCCGGAGGAGUGCCGGAAACUGAGGGACAUAACGAGCGGUGUCCUGGAACUGGCACCUUUGCCCCUGGCCAAUAUGGAUCUCUAUAUGCAGUCCACCGGGCUGAGUCCCAUUGCCUUGGGACAUGCUUUCUUCGUGCUUCCCCUGGUUUGCGAUUUGCGUUGCAGUUUGGCGAAGGAUCGGCGGGAUUGUGCCUUUAGCGACAGCUUGCGGAAUCUUACGCUGCUGGGCAAUAUUGUGUCCCUCGGUUUUCUGGCCUAUGUGGAGCGGAACUUUCUCUAUCUGCGCAUGAUGCUGGUCAUGAUUGUGGUCAAGUAUGGUGUGGUUCUGGUGGACAGCAUCAAGGAGGAUGCUGGGGAGGAUCUGCAAGUGUGCGGCACCGCACUGUUUGUGCACCUGCUCGGCAAGGCCGUGGAGUCCUCCGCCAAGUGACCCGAUCCUUGGGUUAAGCCCUAACCACGUUCCGCUUCAAGGGUUUCAUUGUACCGCUUAAUUUCCCAUGAAUCGAGUUUUGACCCGUAUUAAAUUUCACUUCACCCGCUUUUCAA